AAGUAAAGUGGAGCGCCGACCUGCAGAGGCAGCACACACGGACACACAGACAGCCCAACAGACAAACCAUUAAAUAAAUAUAAAAAGAAGCAGCUCCGCGGGCGGGCAGGCUAUGUUAAGAGCGCAGAUCCGGACCCUGGGAUGUUUACGGACUCUUCUCUUUUGUCCCAAAGCCUAUAUGGAUAAACGUGGCGUCUGCGAAGCUGCAGCAGCGAAGAAGUAGCAUGAAUUAGGUCUGCUCGGAGGAAGAAAACCUACCUUUUUUUUUUGGUUUUGAAACAAGCGCAAGGCAACGACAAAAACGUCAUCCUGGACUACUAUUGUAUAACAGGAAUGGUUUAUCCUCCCGAAGGUUUAUUCUAUAUUGAAAUGGAUCAAACACCGCCAGCGCUCCCCCCCAGGUCCACAAAGCCAGCGAUGUCCGCCAUCAACAACAACUGCCUUUCCCCCCCAGCGUCGGCGCUGCAGGACGCCGAGUGGUACUGGGGAGACGUGACCAGGGACGAGGUGAACGAGAAGCUCCGGGACUCGCCCGACGGCUCCUUCCUGGUGCGUGACGCGUCCACCAAGAUGCAGGGAGACUUCACGCUGACGCUAAGGAAGGACGGGCACAACAAGCUCAUCAAGAUUUACCACUGCGACGCCAAGUACGGCUUCUCGGACCCCCUCACGUUCUCCUCCGUGGUGGAGCUGAUCUGGUACUACCAGCACCACUCGCUGGUGGAGUACAACGCCACGCUGGACCUGAUGCUGACUAACCCGGUGUCCCGCUUCCAGCAGGUGAAGGAAGACAGCGUGGACGUCGCCGGGAGGAAGCUCAAGGAAGUGCACAACCAGUACCAGGUGAAGUCGAAGGAGUUCGACCAUCUUUACGAAGCCUUCACCAAGACCUCCCAGAGUCUGUUCCACACGACACAGGAGAUCCAGAUGAAGCGCACGGCGAUCGAGGCCUUUAACGAGACCAUGCUCAUCUUCGAGGAGCAGUGUCGCGAGCAGGAGCGCUACGGGGAGGAGAUUGAGCGGAACAGCCUUUCAGAAGGGAUCGACAACGAUCUGGAGAGCUUCCUGAUAAAUUACGAGAAGCUGAAGUGCCGGCUCGGGGAGAUCUACGACAGCAAAAUCCACCUGGAGGAGGACCUGCGGACGCAGGUGGAGGACUACAGAGAGACGGACAGGAAGAUCAGCAGCUUACGGCCCGACCUCAUCCAGCUCCGCAGCAUCAGAGACCAGUACCUCAACUGGCUGAACCACAAAGGCGUGCGUCAGAAACGCAUAAACGACUGGUUGGGGAUACACAGCGACAGCUUUGACGACACGUACGUGCUGAAGGGAGACGAGAAGAACCUGCCGCACCAGGACGAGGCGAGCUGGUUCGUGGGGGAACUGAGUCGGACGCAGGCGGAGGAGAUGCUGCAGGGGAAAGCCCCGGGAACCUUCCUGAUCCGGGAGAGCAGCAAGCAGGGCUGCUACGCCUGCUCUGUCGUGGUGAACGAGGAGGUGAAGCACUGUAUGAUCUACAGCACGCCGCACGGCUACGGCUUCGCCGAGCCCUACGACAUCCACUGCUCGCUGAAAGAGCUCGUCCUGCACUACCGCCUGCACUCGCUAGCACAACACAACGACGCCCUGGACGUUCGGCUGUCCCACCCGGUGCACGCCAAGGCCGUGGCCGUAGCCGCGUCCCAGCAGGCAGAGGAACACAAACUGUUACAGACUCCCAAACACACGCCGGGGAUCCCGCCCGCCGCCCCAGAGAUGUAAACCCGGCGGCGGCGGCCGGGGGGGGUCGGCAGAGAGGACGUGUUUACUGUAUCUUGCGAGGACGACUGCAUCGAGGGUGCAACGUGUUCAGUUUUGCACUACAGUGAUUCCAUCGAGUUUUGUGAAUGGGAUUUCACGGAUUGAAGUGGGACCGGAACUUGAAUGUCAGCUUGACCGUACAAGCUCUCCAACUAAUUUUAUACUUCAUUUAUCGCAGUUUGUUCUAAAGGACUCUUUUCUCUGGCGGGGGAUCUUGUCCACCUGAAAGUCUGUUCACCGGCAUCAAGGUGCUGCGCCUUCACGCUGAAUUUUUGCCGGAGAGACGUCCCCUUCCCACACAGAAGAGGACUCACUCACUCGACCAAUGUUUUCGAUCUUUCGGGUCGUCUUUUACAAGAUUGCAUUUUGUGAGAAGGAGAUCGGCAGUUCAAAUCAGUUCAGUUCAGCGACGCUCCCUGAGGAGAAAUGUCAGAAUCGAUUACACCGUAUCAGUUCAGAGAGCUGAUUCGACCAGAUCAGUUUGGUGGGCCAAAGCAUUUUAUGGUGAAAAUGCCACAUGUGAAUAUAUUAAAAGUUGUGGUGCAUCUUAA